AUGUGCAAAAGCCAAGUGCCGGUUUCACUUGCAACUGAAGAGUUCAAAGUAGCUCAUUCAUUUGCUCGAGUGCCAAUCAACGAUCUUCUGAACCGGCCUCCAUCGCCCCCACAUCGAUGGCCUUAUCAGGAUGAGCCUGCGAACCAACCCUCAGUGGACAGCAGCGGCUCUCGCGAUAUCAAGCAUCCGAUGACAACCUCGGCAACCUCCUCCUCCCGCUCAGCUAGCCUCAUAAGCUCAGACAGCACCAUUCGACCGCCCUUUAUCAACAUUACAGAAGAGCGCGGCAUUCUGCUCAACGCUCUCUACGGAAUCUGCAUGGACGCCACCGCGUCCCACGUUAGCACUCUGCUCCCAACAUCUUACCACAGACACAGCCAUCACCGUCGUGCAAAAGCUCGCUACCAUCCGUACUCGCCUCUUGGGGGCCGGCGUUCUAACGCUGGACCGUCCAAUGCCCGGCCAGCUACGCUGAUGGACAAUAUCUCGACGAUCUGUACGCAUACCUGGCGCAAAGCCAGGGGUGAUGAGAUGGCGCCGCAUAAGGCGGAGGCCGAUGCUGUACGGGUGAUGCGGGAUUUGUAUUCGUGGAGCGAGGUCGUCGUGCGGGGGCUAGACAGCAACGGGGACGGUAGUGGGGACGGAGACGGCGAUGGUGGGAAUGAGCCGAGUGGCGACUGUGGUUUGAAGGUUGGGUGGGCGGCGAAGAAGCUUUGUCAGUGGCUGGGCGACGAAGGAGCUUGGGAUGAGUGCCAUGUUAUCACUGGCGACUUGCGUAACUUGAGUGAGAGGGAGGCGGCUCGGAGACGGAUCAGUGAGAUAGAUGAUGAGAGUGACGAGUCUGGGAAUACUUGCUGA